GCAGCUAAAUUCUAACUAUAUGACAACAACAACAUUUCUUACAAUCGUUCACUGCAAUAGGAAUAAUGAAUAUAAACGGUAUUUUUGUUUUAAUUUUUGUCAUUACUGCCGAUGCAUCGGCGAAAUCAUGUAACUUACCGCCAAGCUUUUUGUGUUCAUCGCGUCAAAUCGCAAUAGAAUGCGAUGUUGAAAAGCAAUGUGAUUCGUAUUUUUCACCGCUCCCUAAAUCAGAAGUCGAGCUCGUGAACUUCACCCUUUACAUGGAAAGCCUGUGUCCUGGUUGCAGGGGUUUUAUCAACUAUCGAUUGUGGCCUGCAUUCAAAGCCAUUGGUGAGAUAAUGAAUUUGGUUAUUGUGCCAUACGGCAACGCUAUUGAGAAGAAAAACGGCGACGGUUGGGAAUUUAUGUGUCAACACGGCAAGGAAGAAUGCUACGGCAACUUAAUCGAGACAUGUGCUAUGCACUACAACCAAAACGCCUCUGUCUUUUUACCUUUUAUCCAUUGCAUCGAAUCAUCGAGUUUAUUACCUCGAAAUAUCGCCGAUAAAUGUGCAAAAAAAGUCGGUUUAAAUUAUUCGUUGAUUAUCUCGUGCGUGGAAGGACGACUGGGCAACCAGUUGCAACAUGAAAUGGCUGAAAAAACUCAUGCCCUGGAACCACGAUUAAAAUAUGUACCAUGGAUAACCUUGAAUGGUGUGCACACAAAAGCAAUUCAAGCCGCAGCUUAUACCAAUCUUGUGAAGCUGAUUUGCGACACGUAUGAAGGUGAUCCAAAACCCAACGUUUGUUUGCCAAGCAAUUUAAAGACAUUGGGUUGAGAAUUCAAUUUCAAGGUCUUGAUUAAUGUAUGAUUGAAAUUAUAUCUCACUCAAUAUAUGUCUAGGAAAUUUUCAAAAAUUUUUUAAAUAUUAUUAUUGUUAUUGGGUUUCGUGAGAAACAGUCUGCAAUGUGCGAUUCAUAUUAUACGUAAGUCAACUUGCAA